UAUCGAAUUCCGGCAUUGUAUUUCCGGUUUAUACAUUCAGAAACCGGUUGUCUACUUCUUGCAUUCAAAUUGUUAAGCAAAUUAUCAGACCGCUACACCAAGCCAGCAUGAAGUUUCAGGGACCAGAAGCUCGACGUGACGCCAGUGUUAUCGACGAUUACCAUGGCACCAAGAUACCUGACCCAUAUCAGUGGCUUGAGGAUCCAGAUUCUGAGGAAACCAAAGCAUUUGUAGAGGCCCAGAAUGAUUUAUCUAAGCCAUACUUGGACCAGUGUCCUGUCAGAGAAAAACUCCAUUCAAGGAUCAAAGAAAUGUGGGAUUAUCCAAAGUUUAGCUGUCCAUACAAAAGGGGAGACAACUAUUACUACUACCACAACUCUGGCCUACAGAACCAGAGCGUCCUGUUUGUACAAGAUUCAGUAGAAGGAGAGGCUAGAGUGUUCCUAGACCCAAAUACUUUGUCUGAGGAUGGAACCAUUUCACUCCGGGGUACCGCCUUCUCAGAAAAAGGACAAUACUUUGCUUAUGGCCUCAGCCAGAGUGGAUCUGAUUGGAUAACAAUUAAGUUUAAGUGUGCACCAGGGUCUAAAGAUCUUCCAGAUGUUUUGGAAAGGGUGAAAUUCUCCAGCAUGGCCUGGACACAUAAUGAGAAAGGUCUCUUUUACAACCGAUACCCAGAACAGGACGGCAAAUCUGACGGGACCGAAACUACCUCCAACCUUCACCAGAAGCUUUACUACCAUAGGCUGGGAACUGACCAAUCAGAAGAUGUGUUAGUGGCUGAAUUCACAGACAAUCCAAAAUGGAUGAUUGGUGCAGAAGUUACUGAGUGUGGGCGCUACCUUGUACUGGCCAUCUCGGAAGGCUGUGAUCCAGUCAACAGACUCUUCUACGUUGACCUUGACGGUCUGAAGGACGGAAUCACAGGGCUUCUCCCUUAUGUCAAAGUCGUAGACAACUUUGAUGCUGAGUAUGAGUACAUCACAAAUGAGGGAACAGUUCUCACAUUCAAGACGAACUUAAAUGCUCCAAGAUACAAGCUCAUCAACAUCGACCUCUCUCGACCAGACAUGGAACACUGGACUACGCUGGUAGAGGAAGACGAGAAAAGUGUGCUAGAAUGGUCAGGUUGUGUCAAGGGAAACAAGCUGGUGAUGUGUUACCUGGAGGAUGUUAAGAAUCGACUGUUCGUCCAUGACUUGAGUACAGGUGCGAGACUGACACAACUUCCCCUGGAUGUAGGCACAAUAGCAGGCUACUCUGGCAAGCGCAAGCAUACUGAGAUAUUUUACCAAUUUGUAUCAUUCCUGACCCCUGGUACGAUCUACCGCUGUGAUAUGACAUCAGAUAAUUACAAUCCCCAGAUUUUCAGAAACAUUAAUGUGAAAGGCUUUGACUUCAGUCAGUUUGAAACAAAGCAAGUGUUCUACAGCAGUAAGGAUGGAACGAAGGUCCCUAUGUUUAUUAUACACAAAAAGGGCCUGGAGAUGAACAGUAACAACCCAGUAAUGCUGUAUGGAUAUGGUGGAUUUAACAUCUCAAUCUCGCCCAGUUUCUCUGUGUCCCGUCUGGCCUUUAUACAGCACAUGAGUGGAGUGUAUGCUGUAGCCAACAUCAGGGGAGGCGGAGAAUAUGGAGAGACUUGGCACAAGGGUGGAAUGUUGGGUAACAAACAGAAUGUGUUUGACGAUUUCACAUCGGCCGCUGAGUAUCUGGUGGAGAUGAAGUACACGUGUCCUCAGCGGAUCGGCAUCAAUGGAGGAUCCAACGGGGGACUUCUAGUGGGGGCGUGCUGUAACCAGCGACCGGAUCUGUUUGGGUGUGUCAUAGCCCAGGUUGGUGUAAUGGAUAUGCUAAAAUUCCACAAAUUCACCAUUGGUCAUGCGUGGACAACGGACUUCGGUUGUGCUGACAAACCAGACGAAUUCAAGUAUCUCAUCAAAUACUCACCUCUACACAACAUCAGAGUACCAUCAGGAGACGUCCAGUACCCUUCAGUUCUCCUCCUCACUGCUGAUCAUGAUGAUCGUGUGGUCCCGCUACACUCUCUAAAGUUCAUCGCAGAGCUCCAACACGUUAUGAGAUCUUGCGAUAAGCAGACGAACCCGCUGAUGAUCCGUGUAGACACUAAAGCAGGACAUGGGGCAGGCAAGCCUACUGCUAAAGUGAUCGAGGAAAUCACAGAUGUAUACAGCUUUGUCUACCAGACACUGGGUCUGGAGUGGAGAGACUAAGGGGAGACAACCCAUCAACAUCAUCUUUUAUAGACGUGGAGGUUAAGUGAAGACUACUCAUCAUUCAUUUUAGAUGAAACUUGAUAAAUGGACAUUUUGGCCUGGAUGGAUUAAGGGGAGACAAACCAAUCAGUAAAUCUGUGUUAUCUAGUGAAGAGCAUUUGUGUGAAAAUCGAAAUGGAAAGUAAAGGGAGACAAUCCAUGUAAACCUGCCUAAUAAUAAAUGCAAUAAACAGUACUUUGAGAUUAAUGUAAAGGGAGACAACUCGUCAGUUAUCUGCCUUUUUUAAGUAUUAUCUAAUUAAUCCAAUGUACGUGUAAUUACAAACAGACAUGACUCAGUAGUACACAAAUUAGAAUUUGUCAUCAAAAACUGCUGUUUUCAUCCCUAGAAUUAAACUAUGGAU